CUGGCUACUCCGCUGUUGCCUCGCCUUACUUCCUCGCCCUUAUCCUUGUCUUUUCAGGCCGUCUCUGUCAAUGGGGCCUCGCCUUCAUCACUCCGGCUCAGAAAAGGGCACUGAGAAAGUGUUCAUAUAAGGUCUUCACGCUCCUCCAGACCUCACUGCGCUUAAUCAUCUCCGCUGUGCUGCGAUUCACGAAUAGGAUAAGGCUCUCAAUCUGGCCCGACUCUUCAUUAUCGAGGGAUAAUCAUCUCGAUUUCCCGGGGCACAACAUCCCUUCUGUGACUGUGACCGAUGAAACCAUUGAACUCAUUCCUAUCAACCCACCCAAACCAACGUCGCCGUUACAGUCCUCUACAUCAAAAAACCUACCACCGCACGCGUUCGAUGGCUCACUUCCUCUUCGUGACGUUUCCAGUCUCAAGAGCAAGAAGAGCCAUGGCGUCAUACCUCUCUCCCGGGCUGCUUCGUACACCGACGGCCCCGUUUCUCACUCUGAAUCAUUCUUCAAGUACAACCGCAACCGCAACCCCACACCUCCGUCUAGCAUCUCAUCCACACCACCGCUCACGCCGUCGGAUUUCACCCCGCCCGCGUACACGUCUAGCAUUUUCUCUCAUUUACGACCCAACCGAAUUUCUUCUGGCGCAAGUGUACGCACCACGACCAGCAGCAUUCUGGGAAUAGGCCCAAUACCUGCUGGUAUAUCAUGCGCUUCCUCACUUGCGAAUCUAUGUGCAAGUAUGGAGAUGCAGGUGAUGUCGAAUCAAAUUGGAUUGGAGGAUUGGAGGGGGAGGGUGGCGAGGGAGGCGGAGACAAUGUUGGAGUGA